AUUGAAAACUCGUUCGAUUUUAGAGAGUUUGAAAUCAAUCCGCAGACUUUCACUGUAGCGGAUGCUGUCCAAAUUAGAAAUCGAAGUCCAUGUCUAUAACAAGUAGCCUAAAACUUGUUUUAGGUCAUCCUUAUAGUUAACUCUGCCAACUUCAACUACUGGGAAAUCAAAUCCCCUAUGAUUUUUGCGGCAUGCCGCGGCACAUCAAGACGAAAUUGCAAAAGUUUCUAAACCAAACACCACAGAGGGAAAAUUGGAUUUCAUUGCUUACAAAUGCUCUGGAGCAAAUUAUAUUAAAUUACUAAU